AUGGCUCUCCCAUUUGUCUCGAUCGACGGUCGGUAUGAACUCCAAUUGCAUCUUGGAGACGGCAUCUACGCUGGUAGGCGUCAGUUCCGGCUAGGCGAUGAUGGGCCGGCCGUCUCUGGCGAAGACCACGGGGUCAUGAUCAAGUUGGAGAGGUGUGACGCAGAAAAGCAGUCUCUUGAACGGGAGACUGAGAAUAUCUGCUCUCUCGCCGGGGGUGUCGGUGUCCCGCUGGUUGAACGCCAGGGCAGUCAAGGCGGCUACAGGUACAUGGUGCACCGGCGGGCUGGCCCUACUUUGGAGGCACUCCUGGGGUGGUGUAGAGCGUUCUCCCUCAAGACGGUGCUCCUCCUCGCCGAACAGCUCCUUCGCCUUCUCAGAUUUAUACACUCCCGCUCCCUAACCCUCCGCCAGGUCCGGCCCAGCGCGUUUGCCAUAGGCGCAGCCAAGGCUGGGAAUCAGAUAACGCUUGUAGAGGCAGCCGAAGCAAGGGCGAUAAGAGACGGUGAUGCGGGGGCUGAUCUGGCGGCACUCGGAUACAUGUUAAUCUAUAUGUGUCGCAGAGUUGCUCCCUGGCGUGGGCUGGAGGUCAGCCCGAUAGAGUCCCAAUACGACGAUAUCCUUCAGCAUAUGAUAGCGACUCCUACAGAGACUCUUUGUGAAGGCCUGCCACGCGAGUUUAUAGAGUACAUGGAGUACGUCAGACGUCCUAUCGAGAGCGACAAACCCGACUACGAUCAUCUCUGCCAACUGUUCCGUACCGCUUUUACCGAGAAGGGGUUCUCUCGCGACGGAGUCUAUGACUGGAUUGUGUACAAAUAUCGAUAUAAUUCGGGCCAAGACCCCGCUCAGCCCGUCACCGGCAUUACCGACCAACUGGGUGGCAGGCAUAUCUCGGAUGAGGAGUUUGGAAAGGAAUUCAGCACAUUGGUCGAAGAGCUGGGUCAAGCAAAAGGGCUGUGUCUGUCGCUUUCCAACACGGAGGAACGUGAUAGGAAGCCAGAUUACUGGACAGAGGUAACAACUGCACACAGCACGCUCGUCCAAUGGUGUUAUGAUAUAAUGAUGUUUUCCCGGCAUCCGGAGACUCCAGACGACCUGAGACGCCAGUCCGAAGACCUUCGGCUACACGAUGAAGUAUGGGAUGCUGGGAUUAAACCGUGCUUGAUGCUGCUUAGGGCUGGUGUUCCGCAGACAUCUGACUAUAUACAGGGUUUCCUGUACCCGACUUUUAUCCUGUUAACGGCGAUUGCAGAGUGUGCACCUCAGCGCGACGAGAAGUGGGAGGGAUACAUUCGAGACCUAUCCGCAUAUGGCAUGAAGUACGAUUCCUGUGGCCCUUGGACCAGGGUACAUAAGUGCUGGGGCGGCUCAGUAUGA